AUGCCCAGCUCAAAUCCCAUCCACAUCAUCGGGCUCGGCAGCAUCGGUUCAUUCCUCGCGCAUUCAAUCCGCGCCCUCCCUAACCCCCCACCCGUGAACCUCCUCAUCCACCGCAAGAACCUAUACGACGAAUUCGCCUCCAAGGGCUGGACCCUCGGCCUACGCGUCAACGAAGACGGGCCUCUCCAAGAACAAGGCGGGUUCGAUGCCGAACUACUCAGCCAAUCAACCUCCUCAGAACCAAUCCAGAAUCUAAUCGUCGCUGUUAAAGCCUCCGCAACCGUCUCAGCCCUGCAACCUAUUCAGCACCGACUGGGCCCACAAUCGACGGUAUGUUUAUUCCAAAAUGGGAUGGGUCAGAUUGAGGAUUUGAAUGAGCGGGUUUUCACUGAUAAAGCUCGGCGGCCGACGUAUAUGUUUGGUAUUAUACGGCAUGGAGUAUACCUGCGAUCGCCGACGGAGGCGAUUCUUUCUGGAUUGAAUGGGCGUGCGGCGAUUGGAGUCGUGGAUGUUGAGGAGGACAUGGAUACAAGAUCGAGACGAGCGAAUCCGCAAUUUCUACUUGAUACGUUAUUGCGAUCACCGAUUCUGCGCUGCGAGGAAUUAGCGUGGAAGGAAUUAUUGCAGAAUCAGCUGUUUAAGUUGGCCGCGAACUGCGUGUUGAAUCCGCUUACGGCUAUUCUUGAUGUGAGGAAUGGGGUGAUCAAGGAGAAUCCUGAUUUACAGCCUCUUAUACAACGGCUUCUGCAGGAGAUAUCUUUGGUGUUUCGGAGUUUGCCUGAACUUAAAGAUUUGCCGAGUGAUGACCGGUUCUCGGUUUCUUCGUUGGAGGCUCUUGUGAUAGAUACUAUUGACAAGACGGCGGAAAACUCGAGUAGUAUGCGAGAGGAUGUAAGGAAGGGACGUGCGACGGAAAUUGAAUAUAUUAAUGGUUGGAUUUUGAGACGUGCGAGGGAGUUGGGGAUUGAGUGUGAGGCGAAUGCGGGUUUGAUGCAGCUUGUGUUGGCGAAGAGUCGGUUGAGUAUGGAACGUCGUGAGUAG